CAGCAUAUCUGUAAUUGAGUCAGUAUACGCGUGUGAGCUGCACAGUUUAUCUGAUACUUUGCAAUACAACUUAUCAUCACAGCACUAGCAAAUCUUACCGGAUUUAUAUAGUAAUGAAACCGUGGUAAAAAGGCACAUUUAAAAAAUAUAUAAUAUGUUACUCCUUUUAGCAGAGAUAUUAUUGCUUAUUUUUAAAACGUUGUAUUAUAUCUGCGAGGAUGUAUACAGAUUGAUCGUUCCACCGAAAAAAAAGAGCGUAGCCGGUGAAAUCGUUUUAAUAACAGGCGCAGGUCAUGGUAUCGGAAAAGAAUUAGCAAUUGGCUAUGCUUCGUUAGGAGCAACAGUAGUAUGUUGGGAUAUCAAUGAAGAAACCAAUAAUCAGACGAUGAACGAUAUUAAAAAAAUGGGAAUACAAUCUGUAUAUGCGUAUAAAUGCAAUGUAGCAGAUAGAGAAGAAGUUUUUGCAGUAGCCGAGAAAGUAAAAAAAGAAGUAGGUGAUGUUACCAUCUUGGUCAACAAUGCCGGCAUAGUAGUUAUUAAAUCAUUCUUGAAUCAGAGCGUCGAUGAAAUUGCACGAGUCAUAGAUAUCAAUGUAACAGCACAUUUUUGGACAUUAAAAGCAUUUUUACCAAGUAUGAUUGAAAAGGAUCACGGCCAUAUUGUGGCACUUUCAUCAGUAGCAGGACUUGCAGGCGGUCCUUAUGGUACAGUUUACUGUUCUUCAAAAUUCGCAGUCAGAGGACUAAUGGAAGCUUUUUCUGAAGAAUUACGUAGACUGAGUAAUGGAAAAUCUUCUAUUAAAUUCACUACUAUUUAUCCGGGCUUCGUACUUACUGGAUUUUAUAAGAAGGCAAAAAUAAAAUAUCCCAGAUGGUUAGUGAGAGAAUUUUUACCGCAGGAUGUGGCUUCUUCGAUAAUUGACGCACAAAGACGAAAUUACGAAAACAAAACCAUAUCUAUAAAUAUGCCCCUUUUCAAAAUAUUAAGACUUUUACCCGAUAAAGCAUUCAAGUCUUUGGUAGACUUCUUAGAUAUAGGCGCCUAUCCAGAAGAUUAAAAAUUAAGAUAUCUAUGACAUAAGAUAUCUAUGAAAUUCAUUAAUUUCAUGAUAAUAAGAUAUUAUUAUGAUUAGUACUAAAAGAGAUAUCUUUUUUUUAUUGUUGCUGUAACUUUGUAUACUAAAAAUAAGUAAUAUACUGUAAUACAUGCGCAAUCUCUCAAGUUUUACAGAUUCAAUUGGAAAAUAUUCUUCAAUUAGAUAAAUGUACAUAAUAAUUUUAUAUUUUAAUUGUAUAUUAAACAGAUGUGUAAUA